CACACAAAUCAUCACUAAUUCCCAUCACAAAACACUAGUAUCCUUUUCCCCUUCCCUUCACAAACUUGGUCCAUUCCUCCUUCAAGAGAUCUAUAUAUCUCUUUGCUUCUUCAAAUAUGAACUUUUUUGUUUAACCAUCCGAUCAAUUCAUAUUCAUCUUGAAUAAAUCCACCAAGGAGCAAAAAAAUUCUUAAUUCUCAGGCUCGAAUCUAAAAUAUUUGAUCAGGGGUGGAGGGAUCACGACCAACUAAUAUGGAAGAUGUUGAAGUUCCUGAUUAUUUCCUUUGUCCAAUAUCAAUGCAACUAAUGAGGGAUCCGGUUACAACAUCAACCGGAAUAACCUAUGAUAGGGAGAACAUAGAGAAAUGGCUAUUCAAGCGCAAGAACACAACUUGUCCCAUAACCAAACAAGAGUUGUUGACCAUGGAUCUUACCCCAAAUCACACUCUUCGUCGUGUGAUCCAAUCUUGGUGCAUCAUGAAUUCUUCCCAUGGUGUUGAAAGGAUUCCUACUCCAAAGUCUCAAGUAACAAAAUCAUAUGUUCUAAAACUCCUUAAAGAAGCCAUGCAAUCCCAAGAAAUGCAACUUUCUUGCUUGAGGAAACUUAAAUCUAUUGUUCAUGCAAGUGAGAGCAACAAGAAAUGUUUACAAUCAUGUGAGGUUGUAGAUUUCUUAGCUUCAAUUAUAAUGAAGCAAGAAGUGGCUUUUAUUCAAGAUUCAGAGUUCAGGAUCAGUGGCAGAGAUACCCUUUUACAAAAAGUCGUGCCAUCUGACAUUGUUUCACCAAAAGAUUCCGAAUCAUACAAGUUGAGUUGUGAUAAUAGUCAGACACCACUUGUACUCGAGUACUUCACUACUAAGGCAAGUGAUGAAGCAUUGGAUAUUCUUUUCCAUCUUAAUCCCUCCGAUGAAACCCUAAAAAAGUUCGUCUCCAAAGACAAUGGAGACGAACUUUUCUUAGAUUCUUUAUUGUAUUUCUUGAAAUGUGGGAAUUACCAAUCUCGAGACUAUGCAAUAAUGCUAUUAAAAUCAGCAUUCAAUGUGGCUGAUCCAUGCCAAUUAAUUGGUGCAAAACAAGAAUAUUUUAAAGAAAUAUUGUUAUUUUUGAAUAACAAAUUAAUCUCACAACAAGCUACAAAGGCUUCACUUAAAUUACUAGUGGAACUUUGUCCAUGGGGUAGAAAUAGAAUCAAAGCAAUUGAAGUUGGAGCUAUAUCAACCCUAAUUGAGCUUCUUCUUGAUACAAUAGAAAGAAGAUCUUGUGAAUUAAUCCUUACAAUUUUACACCAACUUUGUAGUUGCGCCGAGGGCCGGGCUGAGUUAUUGAACCAUGGGGCAGGAAUAGCCAUUGUUUCCAAGAAAAUACUUAGGGUUUCACAAGUAGCAAGUGAUAGAGGAGUGAGGAUACUUUGUUCCAUUUCAAAAUUUUCAGCAACUUGUAAGGUUCUUCAAGAGAUGUUGCAAGUGGGAGUGGUGUCAAAGUUGUGUUUGGUGAUUCAAGUGGAUAGUUGUUCAAAGACCAAGGAAAAAGCAAAAGAAAUUCUAAGGUUACAUUCUAGGGUUUGGAGAGAUUCUUCUUGUCUUCCUCCUCAUUUACUCUCUUCUUAUCCUUCAUAAAGAAAAUUAUAUUGUUGUUGU